AUGUCUGGUACAAGUAGUAAUAGUGACAUAAUCCGAAUAUACGAAGAUAAACAACUAGCGGAAGAAUAUAUUAAGUAUCGACCUGGAUAUCCUCCAUUCAUUCUAAAAACUAUUUUGCAGUAUAUGGAAGAAACAAAUGCAGAAAACCUAAACACGUUUGAUACCAUGAUUGACGUUGACUGUGGCAGUGGACAAGCUACACACAUGUUUGCAGAGCAUUUUCGAUCGGUACUUGGAAUUGAUAUAAGUGAAAGUCAAAUUGAAAUUGCUUACAAUAGCUUGGACCUUGUGAGCUGUGCAACUGCUGCACAUUGGCUGAACUUACCGACAUUCGAACGCGAAUGUAAUCGAGUAUUGAAAACUAAUGGAUGUGUUGCUAUUUAUACCUACCUUUUGUUAAACAUAAAAUCCAGCGAUGACAAUCAUGGUAAUUUGCAAUCCAAAUUUUUUGAAAUUGUGACGAAAUUUGUUAAUGACUGUGAAGGUCAUGAAAAGUCAAAGUUGAAAGGUUAUCAGGAAAUAUUUAACGAAAUAAACAAUACAUCGAAGAAAUGGGUUUCUUGUCCCGAUAUGGAUAAAGCAUACAAUUUGCCAUCUUUCAAAAAAUUCAUGGCCACUUUAGGUGAAUAUUCAACGUAUAUGAAAUCGAAUCCUUCCGUAGACCCACUGGAGCAAUUCGGCGAUUCUAUCAAAAAGCUUGUGUGCAAAGAUGAACUAAUGGACAACGAUGUUGAUUUCAAAAUAACUUUUGGAUAUCAGAUGAUACUAUUUAGAAAAUAA